AUGUCCAUGAUUUCUCGUUUGGUUGUGCAGAACUUUAAAUCAUCCAACAAAGGCACCUACACAUGUUCUAAGAAGAAUUCCAUUCCAGAUACCCCUGAUCCAACACCAGCCAAGGUUGAACUCAUCAUGCGUCCACGUCUACUUGCCGAUUUCACGUCUCUCUCUAGAACCGAGACCAAUGAGGUUGUGAUGACGGGUCAUCGAGUGAGCGUACCUCUUGAAGUAGGGAAUGUUGGUAGAUUAGUCUGCCGAACUAAUAAAAAAUUCAAGGGACCGAUUCGAGUGACUUGGUUCUAUCAUGGACGCCAGUUGAUUGGUCCAGCAGCCUCUAUGCUGGAAGAAGUUAACUUGGCGUCAUCAAAGAAUGCAGACGCAAAACCGGGGGAAAAUAAACUCAAAUCUAAGCAAAAGCAACUUACAUCAGUCAAUGGUGAUGAUGUUAGGAUGGGAGACAGUGAAUUGAACCCGAUGAAAAAGUUCACAAAUGCUAUGUUUAGACCAGCUGUGAUUGAUCCGGCAGAACUUGGCGUGUCCUUGGAGAAUAACUCACAGAUUAUCACUCAUAGAUUCAAGAAAGUUGUUACCAUAGCAAUUAUUUCAGCAAAAUCUAGAAAUACCAAAUCUGUUGUUCGUCUUGAUUCCCAGAACCUCUUCAGUCUGAAGUCCGUGAAAUGA